AACAGCCGUUGAAUAAGGAAUGAGUAAUGAAAGUGUAUCCUUAGGGGCCUAGUUUUUUAUCACUGAUGUUUUUUUAUUACUGACUGCAUGAUGAAAAUAAUUGAUUAUUUCAAAACUAUGUGAAGCAACACUUCCUGGAUUUCAAAAGACAUCAUUUCAUCAUGGGACAACAGAUUUCGGAUCAGACGCAGUUGGUUCUUAACAAGUUACCAGAAAAAGUAGCAAAACAUGUCACAUUGGUUCGAGAAAGUGGCUCCUUAACUUACGAAGAAUUUCUUGGGAGAGUAGCUGAACUUAAUGAUGUAACUGCUAAAGUGGCUUCUGGCCAGGAAAAACAUCUUCUCUUUGAGAUUAACAAAAGCCGUGGCAUUGUAGAAGCAUCACGGAUCAUGAAUUUGUACCAGUUUAUUCAGCUUUAUAAAGACAUCACAAGUCAAGCAGCAGAAGUGUUGGCACAGAGCUCCACCUCUGAAGCCCCUGAUGAAAACUCCUCAUCUGUAACAUCUUGUCAAGCUAGUCUUUGGAUGGGAAGGGUGAAGCAGCUGACUGAUGAGGAGGAGUGUUGUAUCUGCAUGGAUGGUCGAGUUGACCUUAUCCUGCCUUGUACUCACAGCUUUUGUCAGAAGUGCAUUGAUAAAUGGAGUGAUCGACACAGGAAUUGCCCUAUUUGUCGCCUGCAGAUGACUGGAGCAAAUGAAUCUUGGGUGGUGUCAGAUGCGCCCACUGAAGAUGAUAUGGCUAACUAUAUUCUUAACAUGGCUGAUGAGGCAGGCCAGCCCCACAGACCAUGACCUUGAGUGAAGUAUUUUGUUGCUAUUGUGGGCUACAAACAUGUGGGUCAUGGGGAAAGAAUGCAGGGAUGUUGUGGCGCAGGCACCGAGAACUCACUUUUCCCCACCCUCUUAUUUUCGCUUUUCUGACAAUUUGAUAAACUUUUCAUGUCUUCCAUUUAUGGUAAAUUAAAACUUGCUACUGUUCUAGACCAUUAUUUUCCUAUUAUUUAUCUGUUCUAAUAUAGCUUAUUAGAACUAAUUGCUCUUGAAUCCUUUGCUGCAGUAACAGCAACAUUUCCAGAGGCUUCUGAAACACUACUAUUUUUCAGGGUAGGAGCAUUCUGGAA